UGGAAACUGCAGACAUGGCGGCGCCGGGCCCGGUGUGCAGCGUCUCUCAGCGCUUGGAACGGGCGCUUUCAACUGAGUCGUCCAUCACCGCCAGGACGCCAGGGCACGUCGGGUCUCCCGUGUCCCUCGAUCUGCGCGUCUCGCCGGGUCAGGUUGCGGAGCUGCCCGGCAAGAACCUGUGGGAGCAGAUCUGCGAGGAGUAUGAAGCUGAGCUGCCUUCCUUUCCAGAAGGAUAUAACGUCAAACAAGAAGCUGUGGUUACUGCAUCGCCAUCGGAGGAAAGGGUUUUCUACGGCUUCAACACGGAACACCUUUACCCAGCUCCUCCUUUAGCUGUGGUCCCACAAGUAUCCUGUCCUCAAGUUCAACGGGAAACAAUCGACCCAGAAACAUGUUCCCCCAGAGAAUAUUUGGAAACAUUCAUCUUUCCAGUUCUGCUUCCCGGAAUGGCUAGCCUGCUUCACCAAGCAAAGAAAGAAAAAUGUUUUGAGAGGAAAAGAACCAAAUUCAUUGCCUGUGAUUUUCUGACCGAAUGGUUAUACAAUCAAAAUCCAAAGAGGAUAGGGGAGACAUUCACAGAAUUCUUCUCCAUUCCAUUUGUGGAAGAGUGGCUGAAGCUGCACCCACGGCCGGCGAUCCCACUCUCCCUCCUGCUGACAGAAUCGGCAGCAGCGCUCUGCAUUCAGUCCUUCUGGAGAGCCUAUCUGGUUCGCUGUGAUCCUGAGAUUCAAGAACUGCGUCAGUGGCAGAAGAAACUGCGUGAGGACAAGCACAUCCGCCAGCGAGUCAAAAUUUUCUGGGCCAAGCAAGAGCAGAAAGUAAAAUGCAAAAUGGAGGAUGAAGAAGAGGCUGCAGCUAAGACUCCACAACCUUAACAGCUGUCGAUAUCUUUCCCCUCUUUGCUCCAAUUACCCCACUUGAGGAAAAUGUUCAAGUUAUGCUUCCUCUAUUGUGCUUUCUUGAACAACUAGAUUUGGUGCAUUCGGAUAAGAAUCUUUUCGUUGCAAAUAUGUUUUAGUGCAAAUAGUUUAUCAUAAGAAAGUACUAGUUUUAACUUUCUGCAUUAUCCCCCAAUUUUAUUCUUUCAUCCGUAUAUUUCGUCAGUGCUUGAGGAGUAUUCUUUUACACCAACCACUGCUAAAAUGUACAAUGAACUCUGAUUCCAAGAGAUGUUGAAGUUUUCUCUAGUUACCAGUUUCCCAGUUUUGGCCACCUUUGCAAAGAUCCAUAUUUAAAACAAAGUCCCAAACCUCUGCAGUGGGUUUUAAGUUUAUCUGGUGAGUACUCUUUUCAUAAAAAAGUCAUUAUUGCCUGUGAUCAUUUCCCAAGGAGACUGACCCUUAACUUUGACUGCAUCAAGAUAAGACACUUAAACCCAGACAACAAUAAAGAUAAAGAAUUUUUGUUGUCUAGGGCCCAAAGCAUUAUAGAAAUUCCUCAUUUUAUGGGUAAACUGACUUAUUACCCUCAAUUGUUCUGCAGUUUGCUGUUAACCAGGAUUCUCCCAUUCAAAAUGCCACGGACUUAGCCUCCAGGCAGAUCUGAAAGCCAAGUAGUUGUAUUGGGUUGUUUUGACAAGCUACCACACGUCUUAAGUAAAUAGUAAAGCCUUUAUUUUUUGUGUUAAGAACAGCAUUUUGAAAAUAAAACCUAUUUGCCC